AAAGGCUUUGAUGUGAUGUGAUCUGUACAGUUUGCUCUACAACGACUACCGAGCUACAUCUACAAUCUUACCUCGCUGUAAACAGUAUAGAAAUGGCAUCCAAGAUUAUUGUUUUCUGCGCUUUCAUUGCCUUAGCUAAUGCUGGGAACAUCUUUACACCAGCUGGAUAUGCCGUUAACCCUGCUUUAUACAGCGCCCCAAUUUCGUAUUCUGCCCCUGCUAUUACGUCACAAUCUUCCAACAUCUACCGGUCCGCAGGAAAUCUUGGACAGAUCUCAACAUACAGCAAGACAAUAGAUACCCCUUUCUCAAGUGUCAGGAAAGCUGAUGUGAGAAUUUCCAACCCCGGAUAUAGAGUGGCCGCCCCAACUCUAGCGUAUGCUGCACCAGCUGCUUAUACUUCUUACUCUGCUCCUGCUGCCUAUACUUCUUAUGCUGCUCCCGCAGCUUAUGCUGCCCAAACUCCUUAUGCCGCCCCUGCAACUUACGCAGCCCAUGCACCCCUUUUGGGCGUCGCUUACUCGGCAGCACCAGCAGUCGCUCAUGUAACUUUCGACUCUGGAGUUGCUCACUACGCAUUUUAGAGCUACUGAAAACUGUUAAUUGACUGUGUAUUUGUUAUUUUAUACUUAUUUAUUUCAAUAUAAUUAUGAAGAACUA